AUGUUCCUGCUGCCUCUUCCGGCUGCCGCGGGGUCGCCCGUCCGACAUCUGAGCGGGAAGCGCUCCUGGGGACCUGGUCCAGCCGCCGCGGACAAGACGAAGAGCCUUGUUUUAGGAAUCUGUGGCAAAGAAAAAGAAGAUGAUGUGCCCCAGUUUACAAGCGCAGGAGAGAAUUUUAAUAAAUUGGUCUUUGGAAAGCAGAGAGAAAUCUUGAACGUAUCUGGACCACCCCUGAAGGCAGGCAAAACCCAAACCUUUUAUGGUCUGCAUGAGGACUUUCCCCGCAUGGUGGAGGUGGGCCUUGGCAAAACGAUGACCGGAGUUGAUGAACAGGAGAACUGGCACGAAGGCAAGGAAAACAUCAGAGCCGCUGUUGCAGCGGGGUGCAGACAGGUUCAGGACCCGGAGAUCCCGUCCGUGGAGGUGGACCCCUGCAGAGACGCCCAUGCGCACGGCGCGGUGCUUGGGCUCUACGAGUAUGACGAUCUGAAGCAGAAAAAGAAGGUGGCCGUGUCAGUGAAGCCCCAUGGAAGUGGGGAUCAGGAGGCCUGGCAAAGGGGAGUCCUCUUUGCUUCUGGGCAGAACCUGGCGUGCCACUUGAUGGAGACGCCCACCAAUGAGAUGACGCCAAGCAGAUUUUCCGGAAUUACUGAGAAGAAUCUCAGAAGUGCUAGUAGUAAAACAGACGUCCACAUCAGACCCAAGCCUUGGAUUGAGGAACAGGAAAUGGGAUCAUUCCUCAGUGUGGCCAAAGGGUCCGAAGAGCCUCCAGUCUUCCUGGAAAUUCACUACAAAGGCAGCCGCAAUGCAAGUGAACCUCCCUUGGUGUUUGUUGGGAAGGGGAUUACCUUUGACAGUGGCGGCAUCUCCAUCAAGGCGGCUGCAAACAUGGACCUCAUGAGGGCUGACGUGGGAGGAGCUGCCACUAUCUGUUCAGCCAUCGUGUCUGCUGCCAAGCUCGACCUGCCCAUCAGCAUCGUAGGUUUGGCCCCUCUUUGUGAAAAUAUGCCCAGCGGGAAGGCCAACAAGCCUGGGGAUGUUGUUAGAGCCAAGGACGGGAAGACCAUACAGGUGGAUAACACUGAUGCUGAGGGGAGACUCGUCCUGGCCGAUGCACUCUGCUACACGCACACUUUUAACCCAAAGGUCAUCGCCGAUGCCGCCACCCUGACAGGUGCCAUGGACAUAGCUUUGGGGUCCGCUGCCACUGGGGUCUUUACCAAUUCUUCCUGGCUGUGGAACAAACUGUUUGAGACCAGCAUUGAAACAGGAGACCGUGUCUGGAGGAUGCCUCUCUUUGAACAUUACACAAGACAGGUUGUAGGUUGCCAACUUGCUGAUGUUAAUAACGUCGGAAAAUACAGAUCUGCAGGAGCACGUACGGCUGCAGCGUUUCUGAAAGAAUUUGUGAAUCCUAAGUGGGCGCGUUUAGACACAGCAGGUGUGAUGACCGACAAAGAUGAGGCUCCUUAUCUGCUCAAAGGUGUGGCUGGGAGGCCCACGAGGACCCUGAUCGAGUUGCUUCGGUUCAGUCAAGACAGCGCUUAG